AUGGCCCAACAAAAUUUCCCCGCUCCCAACGGCUUUGCCAUGCAGUCCUCGGGCCUCGCUUCUAGGCGAGGCGGGCAGUCUAUCAAGCCUCUCUCGGUCGACGCCCUCAAGUCUCCUGUUGACUCCAAGGAGAAUGCCAUCCCCACGCCCCGAACGGCGCGCGGCCAUCUCCUAGCGGGCCUGCGCACCGCUCCCAAGUCCGCCGCCGCGUCCACUUUCGCUGCCUCCGGCGCCAACACUUCCCCGACGAACAAGGCCAGGAACAACACUUCCUUGUACGGCGUCCAGGAGCACAUGUUGAACAACGGGCCGAAGACGUCCCUACCCCAUUUUGGUGCCCAGCAAGCUUACGCCAACAACAACAUGGGCUACGCGCGCCAGAAGUUCACUCCCGAGCAGAUCCUCGCCCCUCCCGAGAUCCCCAUCGACGAGCAAGCCGUGGACGAGCAGCUGGACCCUGACCUGUACGCCAAGCUGGUUCAGCAGAACUUGCAGCUCGCCCAGCAGCGUCAGAUGUUGCAGCAGCAGCUGUAUGACCUGACUCAGGCUCAGCAGCAGCUCAGUGCUAUGAACCUCAACGGACAGCAGAGCUACCAGAACCUGUACCAGCAGCAGCAACUGCAGCAGCAGGCCCUGCAGAUGCAGAGCAUGCUCAACAACACCAUGGUCAGCCAGCAGCCGACGAUCUACACCUACAUCGACCCGGCCACCGGACAGCAGGCCUACUACGUUGAUCAGUCUGCGCAGCUGAGCGCGCAGUUCGCGGACCAGUCUCAGUUGAACAACAUCUACCAACAGCGCCAACAAAACAGCGGGACCCCACGCGUGCAGGUCUCACCUCCGAGGGAGGCCGCGCAGCCAGUAUUCCGCAGGAACACUCCUCCCCGGCGCAACGAGUCUCCCAUGAUCGAGAACCCGGCUCCUCUGCCCCCGCCAUCAGCCAAUGCUUUCCGACGGGGUCAUAAGAAGUCGUCGUCUCUGAUGCUCUCCGGCAUCCAGAAUGCCAACGCCAGCCUCUCUGCAUCCCAGGAACCCCCCAAGUCUGCGGGCCCUAAGACUGCCAACUUCCCGCUCACGCCCAUGACCGGAGGCUAUGGGCCUGGUCAGGCGCGAGCCGGUGAACACCCGACCCGUCAGCCACGUGGUCCCCCCUCCAUCGAGGAGCUCAAGGCCAAACCUUCUGCCAAGCACGAGGCUUCCAAGAACUUCGCUGCCCGCACCCGCCGAUCAGCUAUCAACAACCUCAUGCGAGCCGGGAUCGAGCGUCGCAAGGUUAGCAGCACUGGCAGCAGCGGAUCCAUCAGUCCCAUCUCGGAGACGGCCGAGGAGGCUCAGGGCCUCUUGACGGACAACGAGUCGGAGUCUGGUCGGUCCGGAUCCGGCAGCCUCAACGGCGAGGAGGUGGAGCCUAGCGUGCCCAGCUCUCGGACGAGCACUGGCAGCUGGGGCGCGAUAGGAUCAGACCGUCCCAGCUCGCGCCAGAAGGCUCGGAAGAGCGCUGACAGCGUCAGCAGUGGCUCUGGCGACGAGACGGCUAGCAAUGGUAGCUUCGCCAGCGUCUUCAAGCGGACGGGAAGGGACGGGAGAUCCGACAGCCCCAGUCAGAGGAAGUCUGCCAUGAUGGUAUUGACAUGCGCAGAGAAGCGCAAGAACGGUGUCAUGCUCUCAUGA